GGCUGUUUACACAUUAUUCUGCGAGAGCGCUUUUCGCCGACGCGAGUGGUACCAGGACCUGCGACAUUACGCCGCAAUACCAGCGACACAAACGCGGUUUAAGAGACGCUAUUGUACAUCAGUCUCAAUCGGUCAAUCACCCCAAGUUAGUGAUUAAACAGACUAGUUCACAAUGGUUCAACUGAAGCAAUUGUCCAUACGACUGAAAUCAAUCAAAAAUAUUCAAAAGAUCACUAAAACCAUGAAGAUGGUGUCAGCCAGCAAGUUCACGAGAGCGGAGCGUGAGUUGCAAGCAGCGCGUCCCUUCGGGUACGCUCCUCGCAAGUUCUACGAGAGCUCACAACUGGUGUUGGGGCCUGUGGACGUCAAGCCUGAUAAGACGAAGAAAGGGGCCGCACAGCCGCCGCCACCCACCAUCGUCCAGCCAACACCCGCAGGCAAAGAGAAAGACAAGAAGAUGAAGAGGAUUUACAUCGCCAUGACUUCAGACAGAGGUCUAUGCGGUGGCGUGCACUCCGGCGUGGCUCGGCGCAUCAGGCGAGACUUCAUAGAACGCGCGGUCGACGGCUCGAACCACAAGCUGGUCUGCGUGGGGGAUAAAUCCCGUGCUAUCCUGCGCCGAACCUACGGGCAGAAUAUGCUCAUCAGCAUCAAGGAUGUGGGUCGACUGUCGCCACAGUUCGCGGACGCGUCUCUCAUCGCGGCGAUGAUAACGCAGGCUGGGUUCUCGUACGACAUCGGCGAGAUAUACUACAACAAGUACAUCUCCGCCGUCAAGUACGAGCUCACCGUCGUGCCCGUGUUUACCAAGGAUAGGAUUGAGACCGCACCGAACAUGCUGGCAUUCGACGACGUGGAUGCCGAGGCGCUGGAGAGCUACGCGGAGUGGACACUAGCUGCGCUGCUGUACUACGCGCUGAAAGAGGGCGCCGCCUCCGAGCAGUCCUCCCGCAUGUCUGCCAUGGACAAUGCCACGAAGAACGCGGACGAGAUGAUCAGGAAGCUGACGCUACUGUUCAACAGGACCCGGCAGGCCGUCAUCACCAGGGAGCUCAUUGAAAUCAUAUCAGGCGCCUCCGCGCUUAAGUGA